GGUCCAACGACCAAAAUUAUGACAACUUAGGCACGCACUGUCGUCGUGACAGAAGCAUUGUAAUAAAUUCCAGCAUUUCCGCUUCUUCUUCCCAGAUCUCGUGCGCAAUUCCAUAGCCAAAACCCACCAAAUUCAAAAACAAAAUCAAAACGACACAGUUUAAUCCACGAUCAGGGAGUGGAAUUAGGUUAAAGUGAUUUUUUGUGUGUAGAAGAAAAAUGCAGCACGCUCCGGCUACGAUUGAGGAGCAAUUGAUAUUGAAAGCGAUCAAGGAAGAAUGCCCGUGGGAAAAACUCCCAAAACGACUUCAAGCAACGCUUUCUUCUAAGGAAGAAUGGCAUAGAAGGAUAAUUGAACAUUGCAUAAAGAAAAGACUCCUAUGGAAUACUUCUUUUGCUCGCAAAAUAUGCAAAGAAAGUGAAUAUUAUGAAGAUAUGAUGCGUUACUUGCGAAAGAAUCUAGCGCUAUUUCCCUAUCACCUUGCUGAGUAUGUUUGCCGUGUGAUGAGGAUAUCGCCUUUCAGAUAUUACUGUGAUAUGAUAUUUGAGGUUAUGAGAAAUGAACAACCUUAUGACAGCAUCCCAAAUUUCAGUGCUGCCGAUGCUUUGCGGCUUACAGGAAUUGGAAGAAAUGAAUUCAUUGAUAUCAUGAACAAGUGCAGAUCUAAGAAAAUUAUGUGGAAGCUGAACAAGUCAAUUGCAAAGGAAAUGUUACCUACACAACCUGUAGAUUUUGCAAUUGAACCAUGGUGGGGAGUUUGUCUUGUAAACUUUACUCUAGAAGAAUUUAAGAAACUCUCAGAGGAAGAAAUGGCAACAAUUGAUAAAGUCUGUAAGGAGGAAGCAGAUUCAUUUAUUUUGUUUGAUCCUGAUAUUGUAAAGGGUCUCUUCAGACGAGGGUUGAUAUACUUCGAUGUCCCUGUUUAUCCUAAUGACCGUUUUAAAGUUUCCAGGCUUGAAGGGUUUGUUUCCAACAGGGAGCAGUCCUAUGAAGAUCCUAUCGAGGAGUUGCUGUAUGCAGUUUUUGUUGUUUCAAGUGAGAAUGCAACUGUUGCUGAAUUGGCAACAACUCUACAGGCUGACCUUUUGCAGCUGCAGGCUGCUGCAUCUUUUGCAUGUCGACUGGGAUGGGCAGUAAAAGUAAUUGAUCCAGCAUCUGUUCUUCAAGAUACAAGCAUUGCUAGCUCUCUUAGGGCUACUCUUAGUGAUGAAGAUGGUUCUAGUGCUAGUCUAGACUCAGCAAACAUUUUUGUUGAUGGUGAUGUUUCUCAACAAGGAGAUGUUUUGGAGAAAGAAAACAAUGGGCCCAUUUCUGCCCAUGCUCGUGUUGCUUUUGUGGUUGAUGCUAAUAUAACAUCCUAUCUUAUGAUGGGGUCUGUUUCACCAGGCUUAAAAUCCCAUGCUGUAACACUAUAUGAAGCAGGAAAGUUGGGUCAUGCUAGCAUUGCUGAUCUUUGCAAGGAUCUGAGUACGUUAGAAGGAACAAAAUUUGAGGGAGAAUUGCAGGAAUUUGCAAAUCAUGCAUUCAGCCUCCGUUGCGUUUUGGAAUGUCUGCUAUCUGGUGGAGUUGCUACCGAUGCCAAAGCAGAAGAAGUUUGUGAUAAGAUGGAUAUGUUAGCUUCAAGCAAUGAUGAGGCGACUUUGAUAGCUGACAUCACUUUGACUGACAAAUCAGGAAAUUCUGCUACAAAUGAAGCUAGGCUGGAUAAAGAUGAUUUGGUUAGUUCAGGGAUGCCCCAUGAGGAUUCUAUUUCAACUGAACCUGCUACUGGAAGUGCUGAUGAUGAAAUAUUUUCUGCUACCUCGAGUGAGGUGUCUAACACAGAUCCAGAUUUCCAGAAUGAUGAGAAAAAGAUUCUAUGUGAAGGGUCAGAUGCUGGAAGAGAUCCACUGAAGAGGAAAAAGAAAUAUCGUGUGGAUAUUCUUCGCUGUGAAAGCUUGGCUUCUCUUGCACCAGCAACUUUAAACCGAUUAUUUCAUCGUGACUAUGACAUUGUUGUGUCCAUGGUUCCUCUUCCUCCUUCAUCAAUUCUUCCUGGACCGACAGGUCCCAUACAUUUUGGUCCUCCCUCUUAUUCAUCUAUGACACCUUGGAUGAAAUUGGUGCUAUAUUCAACUGUGGCUAGUGGGCCUCUAUCUGUUGUUCUAAUGAAAGGACAAUGUCUACGGUUGCUUCCUGCACCAUUGGCUGGUUGUGAGAAAGCCCUUAUAUGGUCUUGGGAUGGUUCUACGAUUGGAGGGUUGGGAGGGAAGUUUGAAGGCAAUCUUGUCAAGGGAAGUAUACUUUUACAUUGUUUAAAUUCAGUUCUUAAACACUCAGCUGUGCUGGUACAGCCCCUCAGCAGGUAUGAUCUUGAUCGAUCUGGAAGAAUCAUGACCAUGGACAUUCCGUUGCCUCUAAAGAAUUUUGAUGGUUCAAUUGCUCGUGUGGGGAAGGAAUUGGGGCUGUGUGAAGAGGAAAGUUUGAAACUGAACUCUCUGUUAACUGAUUUGGCAAACAAGAUAGAGUUGUUGGUAGUUGGUUACAUUCGCCUAUUAAAACUUUUUAAAGAAAGAGAAUCUGACCACUUUUCUCCUGAUGAUGAGAAGUAUGAAUGGGUCCCAUUGAGUGUGGAAUUUGGGAUGCCACUUUUUAGUCCAAAAUUGUGUAACAACAUAUGUAGAAGGGUGGUAUCAUCGCAAUUACUUCAAGCAGAUUCACUUAGUGAGCAUCAUGAUGCAAUGCAAAAUUUACGGAAAAAGUUGCGUGAUGUUUGUGCAGAGUACCAAGCAACAGGUCCUGCUGCAAAACUUCUUUACCAGAAAGAGCAAGCAAAGGAAUCAUCUCGACAACUCAUGAACUAUGCUAGUGGUAGAUGGAAUCCGCUUGUUGACCCUUCUUCUCCCAUUUCAGGAGCCUUGAGUGAGCAUCAGAGACUAAAACUUGCUAAUCGGCAACGUUGCCGAACUGAAGUUUUGAGCUUUGAUGGUAGCAUUCUUAGAUCAUAUGCUCUAACUCCUGUCUAUGAGGCUGCCACAAGGCCCAUUGAAGAAGCACAUACUGUGAGUUCAGUAAAAGUUGAACCGGAUGAAGUUGACAGCAGAGAAGUAACCCUUCCUGGUCUUAAUCUUAUUUUUGAUGGUUCUGAGUUGCACCCCUUCGAUAUAGGUGCCUGUCUGCAGGCUCGUCAACCUGUCUCCUUAAUAGCAGAGGCUGCAGUGGCCUCUGCAUCUGUUACAAUUAAAUAGGGCUUUAUGCUACAAAAUUUGCUCCGGAACAUAGAAAAAUUUGUCCCAAUGCUAGCAGUUAGCAAUAUCCUGUUCUUCAUGGCCAUCAUAUUUAGGCUUCCUCUAAGUUCCAAGGUAAAGAACAAACAUGAUUUAUGUCGCCGACAAAUUCUUUGUCAUUAUUCAAUCGCUAAGAUUUAUCUUUUAUUCUUCUAAUCACUCAUUUUCUAUUAAACGUGUCAUAGCUGCCAGCCUGCCACACAAUUUACUCCUGUGGCCUUGAAUAUGCUAAUAUUUAAAUUGAAUUUGUAUUUUGCUCUGUGUCUUCAUAAAGCAUGGUUACUCUGGUGUAGUUUGACACGGGCAAAGUAACUAGGAAAUAAUGAUGUUGGCUGAAUGCUUCUUAAAUCAAUUAGAGGAUUUAGUUUAGGCUUUUGCUUUUAAUUUCUGGGUUCCUUUGCCUCUAUAAAUUACUGGUCACUAUGGAAAACAUGAGUUGAAGUUAGCUGACAGCAGCAACUACAGUGAUGCAGGUGAUUGUUUUUUCCUUGGAUAGAAAUAUUGAAAUUUUUAUGCUAAUCUCUUUAAUUCUUGAAGAAAAUAACAUAUAUAGGAAGAGUUCUCAUUUUUUUUAUGAGGGUAAGCUGCCUGCUCUCACAAUCAAAUUGUUUGAUGAUAUGAAGGACAUUAAAAAAAAAAA